AUGCGGAAUGCACGAAUUGGUGUAAAACAGAAGUUUAAGCAAAUUGAGGACAGUAUUUCAAGCAGCUUAAAAUCUGAUAAAAUGUCCGAAAAUAAUCAACGCAAUCAUAAAAAGAUCGCCACGGCUCAAAGUUCGAAAAAUGAACAUCAAUUCAACGGUCCAGACGAUGGGAAUCAAUGUAAAAAAAUUUAUAAGACUGGAAAUUUUGAGAACCUUAUUAAACUUCUCGAAGAUCUGAAAACUACUAUUUUGGAAUCAACUAAAUGUGGAAAAUCUAAUCUGAGAGAAAGCACCAUUGUCGAUAUGGAGGCAGUCCUAAAGCAGAUCAAAAGUCGUCUGAAUGAGUCGCAGAUGAAAGCAAAGCUGGAGGGUUCUGAAGAAUCUAGUUCUAGUGUGGUAUCCAUGAUAAAAGAGGUUGAGAAUAGUAUAAAGGGCUUAAAAAAGCCCAUUCCUUCUCCCAAAUCACUUCUUUCAUCUUUGAAACCCUCACCUUUGAAGAUGAAUUCACUUGACGUUCCCCGUUCGGAUACUAAAGCCAAUAAAAAUAUUCGAUGCCCUAUCAAUGCAACAAAUUCAUCUCCUUCUCCCAAACAAUCACCGUCUGUAAAAACAAGUAAUGCUCCCAAAAAUCAAUUGAAGCCAAAUGAAGAAAUCGCAGAAGCCAAAACCAAUGGUACCGGAUCUAGACAUUCUAGGCACUCUAUUGAAGGUCAAAGGAGUACCACUCCAUCUUUUAAAUAUUCUCUUACCAAGAAAGAUAUGGUAAAACCCAGAACGCCACAACAGCUCACCUUAACAAGAACAGCAGUUGAGAAACCUAAAAUAGGAUCAGCGCCAUCAAAGCCAAGCCCAGAAACCAGAAAUGUUGACCAAGCUACUGAUAAAAGCCAACAAAAAAGUCAAUCAUCUCCUCCUUCAGAGAAUCGAAAAAACGUUAUUGAGUCGCGGAUUCCCGUUAAUAAAGAUACAGGUAGAAAGCUGUCUACGGUUCUUUCAAAGGUGGGCAACUCUCUUCGGCGGCAAUCAGGAAGAAGUCCGCUUUCAAGGAUGAAUUCACCUAAUCGAGAGCCUAUCGAAUUAUGUUCCAGAAUACUCAAAUUUUGCAAGGAAACUAAUCCAUCUUCCCCGGGUGAAGUUAAUCCAUUCCAGACUUAUACUCCCGAAGGACUUUACGAGAAGCUUAACGCUAUGGGACCAGAAGGUCAAGAAUUUCUUAAAAACGCCCAAAAUUAUCUCGAUCGGUCUUACCAUAGUGAUGCUGAUGGAGAAAAUAUUCGUGAAGAACCCGAUGGUGGACCAUCAAUUUCAAGAAAAUUAGAAAAUGGAGUUUCACAAGAAAAUUCAAUCCAAAAGAAGUCAGCGGAUCAGAAUAAUUUCGAAAACGAUUCGAUCAAAGUAUUGCUGCAAGAUUUACGAACGAGUGUGAAGAAUUUAGAAUUAAAUUGCGGAGUAGGUAAAACAAAUGCAGUUCCAGAAGUUGGAGGUUUACUCAGAGACGGUCUGCUUAGUGCGCACCCCUCAAAUCAAAUGUUGCCAGAGUCAGAAUUUUGCAGUCAGAUCUGUAAAACUACUCAGGAUCCCUGCGAUAAUGUAAACCCUGAAAAGUAUGAUGGAAAUGCCCAAAGCAAAGUUUCUCCAAUGUCCAAAAUCAGUUCUUUUCCUCAAUCUCAAACGAUGACUAACAUUAGGACUACGUUAAAUGACAUCUGUCAGAACAUUGGAGGAAUGGAUAUCAAAGAUCAAUCUGGACCUGGCAUUGACGUUCUUAACAUGCUGAAUGAUGUACGGAACACUAUAAAGUCAAUGUCUACAAGACAGGAGACGCAAUCUCCACAACCAGAGGUUCUUUCUGCUCUUAAAGAAAUUCGAGAGACAAUCUAUACUGUGGAAGAAAGAAACCAGCAGGCACAAGAGAGAACAAAUCAAGAAAUGAUGAAUAUUCUAGACUGUGUAAGAAAAAGUAUUCGUUCAGUCGAGACUUCCAAGAACGAAAAAGCAGCAUUAACGAACCAACAAAUUGUGGACUCAUUGAAAGAAAUGCGUCAGUCUGUAACUAACUUGGAAGAACGGUCACUUACCCCCGAAAAGAUUUUGAAUCCCAAAGUGGCAACUCUUCUUAGUGAGAUUCGAUCAAGUAUUAGAUUUAUGGAAUCUUCACGAGCUAAUCAGCAAAGUGUAGCUGACACUAGCAUGAUGAAUGCUCUUCGUGAUAUUAAGAAAAGUUUGGUUUCGAUUGAAGACAAAAGGAAUUCAGAAGUAUUAAAGAGACCAAGCGUGAAUAUGUUUGUUUUGGGGAGAAAACCAGAAAACCCUGAAGAGGCGAUCACGUCACCAUAUAAAUGCUCGGCUAUUCAAAACUCUAAAACCACUCCAGACUGGCAUCAUGAGUCAAGACAACAUCAGGAAGAAACAAAUCCAGUUUCUUCUACAGUGGGCACAAAGAUAACGCCUGCUUUUGAAGAAAAUUAUGUCAAGAAAGUCUUGGAAGACAUACGGCAAAGCAUGCAACAAAUUGCAGCCCUAAAGCCUCCAACAUGCGAUGGAACAGAAUUGAAACAGAGCAUUGAUGAAAUUAAGCAGGAAAUUCGAUCACUAUUGGGAGGACAGUCGGAGUCCUUACCACAGUAUUCCGAGCGAACAUCUAUACGGAAGUUAUCAGAAAAUGUCACAGAUAUUAAGACGGGAAUGAAGAGCCUAAUAGACAAUAUACCAGUAAUUGUAGAUGCCGCUAGAACAGAUCAAAUACCUAGUAAAUCGGGUAUAAGGGCAUGUACAAAAAUGAAAUAUCCAAUUGAUAAUGAGGAAUCAUUCUACCAAUCAGAAGAAGAUAAAACCUCUCCCAUAUGCAGAAAAGUACUGGAUAUUAUGUCAGAAAUUAAGGCUGAAAGUGGUGCGAAUCUGCCAAGAUUUUCAAAUAAAGAUGGAGGUUCGAAUAUAUAUAAUCAAAUUAAUUCAGUGGAUCAAUUACCUUCAACGUUCACUUUCAGUUUCGUUGGACAUCAACCACCAGAUAUUAAUGAACCAAUAGUUAUCAAUAUAAAUGGAAGAAAUUUUAAAUGCUCAAGGAUUUAG